AUGACGCUCUGGGAACAGCUCUCCUCCACGCCCGACCCGGCCAUCCGCGACAUCCUCAAGAUCCCCCACGAAGCCGACGACGGCGAUCGCAGGCCGUGCACGCUCAUGGACGCCAUCGUCCGGGAAAGCCGCGGCGAGGGCGGCGACGGCAGGGUCAACUGGAAGCCGCUGCGCGACCGUCUCUGGCUCCGCCGAGCCGCGAACGCGUCUUCGACUACCACCCGCAACCGGCGGGGCGACGAAGAUGGAAGCGAGGAGGGAGAUGAGGAGAGCGAGGCGCCGGCGGUGGCCUCCAUGUCGCUGAUGGCGCUGCUGGAGCAGUCGGACAGCCAGUGGGACGACCAAGACGACGAGGAGGACGGCGCGUCCAAGAGCGGCGCUGUACACGUCGACGGGGACGGGGACGGCGACGGGCGGGAAGAGGAGGAACAGAUGGUGCGCGCGUGCUGCGUGUGCAUGGUGCGGCACAAGGGCGCGGCCUUCAUCCCGUGCGGCCACACCUUCUGCCGCCCGUGCUCCCGCGACCUCUGGCGUACCCGCGCCGACUGCCCACUCUGCAACGCCUUCAUCCACGACAUCCUCCACAUCUUCUGAAUUCUAUACAUGCAUGCUUGCCAUUUAUUUCUACAUCAGUUCUUCAUCCAUUCACUCAACCACCGUAAGGUUCUGAACUAGAUUCAGCCAUCCCGCCACGUGGUCACUGUUGUAAGCAAGCGCGGUAACUGAACGGAAUAAGACUGAAUGAAUAAUACGUGUAAAUUUUAGAGCAGCUGUAUGAUUGUAGCAAACUGAUUAGGCGUUCCUGUAAAAACAACAACUUACAGUGGGGACACAGGCCGUAUGAUUGUACCUGCUCAAGCGUUCUGACUUCUGAGCUAACAGAAGUUGGUGCAGCUUCAUAUUCGAUCUAAUCAAUCCGGUUUGUUUAGCCUCGGAUGGG